AUGGCAACUAAACCUUUCCGUGACAAGCUGGACACCGUCGCAGCAACCGACCAACCAUACGAUGGUGAUUCCCCAUCCCAGCAGCAACUCAACGUGUACAACCACGACCUGAGUGGUCCACAUGCCACAUUUUUCUCCCCAGCCAACCAGGCAAGUGUCAACAACAACCAUGGACAAAACCAAUUUCAGAUUGCUGCAGGGGGUAGCCCUGAGCACCGCUGUAUCAGAUCAAAUGAUGCCCUUCACUACAUAAGCCAGAUGCUGAUGGAAGACGUCGACGAGAGGGUCGACAUAUGCCAAGGGGAGGCUGCUCUCCAGGCUGCUGAGAAGCCAUUCCGUGACAUUCUUGGGGAGGUAUACUCGCCGGCUACUAACUGUCCGUCAAUGCACAGCAACAGUAAAUCAGACAACCCUGAUAAGAGUGGUACCAACUUUUACAAGAGGCUCUGGAGCACAAGCUUUAGUAAUGACUGUUCCAGUUGCAACGUGUUACAGCCCUUAACAAACCCGCCGAGUCCAUAUAUCUACAAUAGGAGUCUUUCUCAACAAAACAAUCCAUCAAUAAGUGUUGGACCGACUUCUAGAUCUGGUUUCCCUACCUUGCAAUGUCAGAGAGGUGUCGAGGAGGCAACUAUGUUAGCUCCAAGUAUCGAUAAGCUAGUGAUAUAUUUAGAGAAUGGCAUACUUUCUAUUUCCAAACUGACUACAAAGGCAAAAGUAGGAGAGAUGAGCGAAAACUGGGAUAUCUUGGAAGGAAGGAGCAAUAAACAUCAUGCCAUCACCCCUUGUGCAAUAAUUCAAAAUGAGAAUUUCAACCGAGUUCUGCUAUGCUAUGGUCGGAAGAGUUUUGAUCAAAUAACAAGACUGCAAGAAAGCAUGGCAGAGACAGGAAACAAGAAUCCACAGAAAAGCCAGAGCAAAGGACGUCGGAAGCUAUGGGCUAGGAAGCAACCGAGGAAAGAGUUGGUUGAUGUCAGGACUCUCCUCGUCCAUUGUGCACAAGCUGUGGCGGAAGAAAACCACCUGUUGGCCAGUGACCUCCUAAAGAAGAUAAGACAACACUCUUCAGCAGAUGGUGACUGUAAUCAGAGACUGGCAUUUUACUUGGCGGGUGGCCUCGAGGCACGCUUGGCUAGAAUCGGGGGUCAGGUUUAUCGCAACCUCAUGGAAAAGCGAAAAAUUACCACAGAUUGGUUAGAGGCUUACAGCCUUUUUCUUGCAGCUUGCCCUUUCAAAAGGGCGUCAUACUACUUUGCCAACCAAACUAUUCUUGAUGUCUCACAAAGGCAACAAAGAGUCCACAUCAUCGAUUUUGGCAUCAGCUUCGGCUUUCAGUGGCCGUUAAUGAUUCAAAUGUUUGCACGGCAAGAAGGGGGAGCACCUAAGCUUCGGAUCACAGGUAUAGAAGUUCCUCGGCCAGGUUUGCGCCCCUGUGAAAUGAUCGAGGAGACGGGGAAGCGGUUAGCUGAUUAUGCAAACAUGUUCAAUGUACCUUUUCAGUAUCAGGGCAUUGCCGCUUCAAGAUGGGACACCAUUAAAGUUGAGGAUCUUAACAUUGAUGAGGAUGAAGUUCUCAUAAUCAACUGCAUAUUUCGGAUGAAGAAUCUUGGUCAUGAAACCGAAGCCAUAAAUAGCACAAGGGAUGAGUUAAUGAAAACCAUGAGGAGGGUAAACCCAAAGGUUUUUAUUUCUGGCACAGUGAAUGGGUUACAUAGUUCUCCCUUCUUCAUACAACGAUUCAAAGAGGUUGUGCUCCAUUACUCUUCAAUGUUUGAUAUGCUUGAUACAAAUGUUCCAUGGGAUAAUGAAGCAAGAAAGAUGAUUGGGAGGAUCCUAUUUGGGCGGGAUGCACUUAACAUCAUAGCAUGUGAGCAUGCAGAAAGGACUAGGGCGAAAAGUUAUAGGCAGUGGCAAGCAAGGUUCCUCAAGGCUGGGUUCCAACAGCUUCCUGUUGAUCCAGCCAUCUUAAAGAACAUAGUACACAUGAAGAACUUACAUUAUCAUGAGGAAUUCUUUGCUGUUGAAGAUUGCGGCUGGCUGCUACAAGGAUGGAAAGGGAGGGUACUUUAUGUUGUAUCUAAAUGGAAACCUAAUGAAACAUAUUAUGAUCAGUAA